AUGAACAACGACACCAUAGACAACACACUUGCAACGGACGACGCUGUGCCAAAUUCUGGUAUGUCACUUUGGCUCUCCAAUAUCUUGGAACGCACAUUCAUGGGCUCCGGGUUGCGGCCAAAGCAGAAAGUGGCAUCGAAGGACGCUAUAGCAUCACUUCAGGAAGUCAGUGCUGGCGACGUUCCCGACGAGGCUUGCCCCAUCUGUUUCGAGCCAUACCAAGCAAUACAGAACAAGAAGUUGAAGGUGGGCAGUGAUAUUUUAGACGACUUGCUGUGUAAAGAACUCAAUGACCAGAUCAAUGAUCUAAUCGAUUACGGCGUGGACUUGGAGCCUGCCAGCUCGACGCUUAAGUUUCGGGAUCCGUCAAUUUUUAUGCCCGUGGAAGCUACAGGUCUGGUUCCCAUUAGAUUUCCGCAAGUCAACCUCUAUAAUGGAGAAACAGUUACUGAAGACCAGAUGAUACCUGGCAAUAGUAAGAAACUGCCAGUAACAGACGCCAACAUGGACCAUGUAGCUGUCCGCAUGCCUAAGUGCCACCAUAUAUUUGGAAAACCAUGUAUUAUUGAGUGGCUCAACGGCAAUGUAUCGUGUCCACUCUGUCGGAAAGAGAUGGAAUCGGUGCAGCCAGGUAACUCCGAUAACAUUCGAGAUAUUUGCACAUUUACGUUUGCACCCAGUGCUGAGGAUGCGGUCACACACCUAGCCGAUCGACUGACCGAUGUUUUCAAUCCGUACCGCCGACCAUGGAAUCCUGCGGUGACUCCAUUGACAGAUUCGCUAAUGAAUCAGGCAUGGGCGACCCCAAGUUACCCUCAUCACUUGACACCUACGCAUGUGGAAUCACUGGAUCCGAUGAUAACGAUGGCUCGGAGUUUUCCACUCCCUGUUGUUGGACAGAGGGCAGAAACGCCAAUGCCUUUUCGAACUAUAUUUCCUGUCAGACCACGUGAAGACGAGAGAAGGAACUGA